GUCCUUGGUGUUAACACCCCCUUCCUCUUCUACACCUUCCUAUCCACCAGGCUUUCCUUCUCCAAUUUUGGACUCUGUUCAUGACCUAUCUUAAGCUACACAGUCUUGUCAAUCAUCACCAUUACCCUGCAUACCUUCUUUAUCCCAGUCGAACGAUCCAAUUACCCUUUCUCCAACCUUGGCAUCUUCUUCCUUCACACUUCACCUUCUUCCUCUACUUCUUCUCCUUCUGCUUCAUCCUCUCUUAUUGCUCCAACCUCACACGUUAACAUUCACCCAAUAAUAACUCGAUCUAAUGCAAUGAUUAUCAAACCAAAAUGUUGGUUAUCCUCUGUUCCAUUGCCUUCACCCAUUCCAUCUGAACCGACCAAUUUUAAGACGGCUGUUAAGAGUGUUGCAUGGAGAGAUGCUAUGGAAAAAGAAUAUAAAGCCUUAGUUAACAACCACACAUGGACACUUGUUCCUAGCUCUCAUGAGUAUAAGCAUCAGUGGGUCAUCAAACAACUAGAUGUCCACAACAUAUUUCUAAACGGUGACCUCCAUGAAGAUGUUUAUAUGAUGCAACCAUCGUGUGUGCAAGCUACAAAAGGCUUGAUAUGGGCCCAAGCAAAGUCCAAGAGAGUGGUUUAUGAAAUUAAGUACUUGCUUUUUAGAUUGGAAUUUUAAAGCUUCAAAGUUCGAUACAUCUAUGUUUAUGUACAAUGUUGAUUUUGUUCUGGUUAUUGUACUU